AUCAAAAUCCCUUCAAAGAUGUCUCUCUUAAGCAUUCUUCUACUCAUAGUCAUGUCCUUCUCUCUCGCACUCUCAGAACUAUGCAACCCACAAGACAAACAAACGCUACUCCAAAUCAAGAAAGAGCUUGGCAACCCAACCACUCUUUCCUCAUGGCACCCAAAGACCGACUGUUGCAACAACAGCUGGGUAGGUGUCUCAUGCGACACCGUCACCCCAACAUACCGCGUCGACAACCUCGACCUCUCCGAACUUAACCUCCGCAAACCCUACCCUAUUCCCCCCUCCGUAGGUAGCCUUCCCUGCCUCAAAUUUCUUUACAUCACCAACAACCCCAACAUCGUUGGCACAAUACCCACCACCAUCACCAAACUCACCAAGCUUCGUGAGCUCAACAUCAGAUACACCAAUAUCUCCGGCCAGAUACCCCAUUUCUUGUCCCAAAUCAAAGCCCUCGGAUUCCUCGACCUCUCCAACAACAAACUCUCCGGCAACCUCCCUUCCUGGCUUCCUUCUCUCCCCGACCUUUACGGAAUCUCCUUCGACAACAACUACAUCUCCGGCCCCAUCCCAGACUUGUUCGCUUCCGUCUCGGAGAGGUUCGGGUUUAUCUCACUCUCCGGCAACCGCCUCAUCGGGAAGAUUCCGGCGUCGCUGGGGAAGCCGGACAUGAAGAUUGUGGACUUGUCCCGGAACAUGCUGGAGGGUGAUGCGUCGGUGUUGUUUGGGUCGGAGAAACACACAGAGAGGAUAUAUCUGGCAAACAACUUGUUUGCUUUUGAUUUGGGAAAAGUAAGGUUGUCGAAGACCUUGGGGUUGUUGGAUGUUGGCCAUAAUCUUAUAUAUGGGACGCUUCCUAAGGGACUUACGUCGCUUAAGGAUCUGUAUUAUUUGGAUGUGAGCUACAAUAAUCUCUGUGGUGAGAUUCCACGGGGUGGUAAAUUGCAAGAAUUUGAUGCGUCUUUGUAUGCUAAUAACAAGUGCUUGUGUGGCUCCCCUCUUCCUAGCUGCAAACGGUUCUAGAGUUCAACCAAACAUAGCUCAUUUGCGCUUAAUUACCACAAAGAGUAUACUACAUACGAAUAAGAGAAACUCUUCUGUGUUUUCAUGGUGUUAAGUUUCUUUGCUGAGAAUUUAACGUGCCACGUAAUUGUAUAUGUGACACUAUGUAAUUGUAUUGCAUUUUUAAUUUCAGUGAUGCUAUAUGGUGCGAUGUCGGGUUUGGAGUUGUGAAACGCACGAAUUGAAGCUGGCUUGUUAUUACUUCAUAAUAAAAGCUGACAUGUCUACGGUGAA